AUGAUUACCCGUAAAUUAUCUAGCGUAAUUUUCUCUAAGCGUCUUUACUACAUCAACAAAGUACAGUUUAAAUAUAUUCAAGUAUCCGUGAUUGGCGCUGCGAAUGGUAUAGGAAGAAACGUUGCACUACUUUUAAAACAAAAUCGCUUUAUAACAAAACUGAAUCUAUAUGAUGAUGAUGAUAGAGUACUGGGUAUGGAACUGGAGUUGCGACAAAUACCUGGAGGACCCGUAAUUAGCUCCUUUUCAGGUGAUGCAUUUUUAUCACCUGCUAUUCGAUAUUCUCAUCUUGUUUUAAUGCUUACUAGAAUGCCACGGAAACUUGGAUACACCCGGGAGCAAAUGUUAGCAACUAACGCGUUAGCUGUUCAAAGAAUUUGUAGAGCUUUGGCUUAUGAAAAUCCUGACGCUUUUUUUGCCAUUUCAUCUAAUCCUAUAAACUCUAUUGUGUCAUUUGCUAGUAAGCUUUUACAAAACUAUAAUGCGUAUAAUAAGCAUAAAAUAUUUGGAAUUACUCAUAUCGAUACAGCCAGAACAAGAGCGUUGCUUGGUAAAACUUUGAAUAUCAAUCCUCGACAUUUACACGUUCCUGUAAUUGGCGGUCACUCCGACGAAACUAUCAUACCAUUAUUUUCAAAUUUAUUACCAAGUCACUAUCACAUCAAAGAACACCAAGCUGAAGCACUAACUCGUCUAGUAAGAAAGUCUGGUACCGAAGUAUUAAAUCUGAAACAAGGUAGCGACUCUGCUACUCUCGCUAUGGCGUGGUCUAUUAAUGAAUUUGUUGAAAAAAUAUCAGAAGUAUUUUACGGAAGCUACGUGAUAGUUAACAGUUUUACUGCAAAUCCUUAUUUCGGCACUAAAUUUUUCUCAGGACCUACUAAAGUGAGUGAGUGUGGUAUCUUUGAAACUUGUAGUAAUUUUGUUAUGAGUGAAUAUGAAUGCCAUCUUUUGAGUCAAGCUGUGCCUCUGAUAAAUCGGGAUAUUGCCCGAGGAGAAGAACACGUUCAAGUGAUUGAAGAAGGGCGCAAUCUUUAGGUACUGAAUAUUAUUUUGUAAGAUUCUAUUCAUACUUUUAAUUCGAAUAAAAUAAUAUUUAAUAAAAAUAUUA